CACGAGACUAGGCCCCACCUAACCGCGACACCGCCCGCCUUGCCCUGGGUUCCUGACCUUUGGCAAGAAGGCUGCCUGCAACAUUAGUAGGCCGUUUCCUCCAUCAGCCUCCCAUGCUCUAUUUCAGAGGGUCGGCCCAAACAGAUACGCCUGUCAUGGCCGCUCAGUCCUCCGCCUCGACCUCCUUCUCCGCUGCGCCUGGCUCGAUCCCCACCCACAGCACCUUCUUGCAAUCGCCCGCCGCUAUUCCCCCUCGCACCUCGUCCACGAACUCGACCUCGGGACCGGCCCUGCGGAGCGUCCCUGAAACCGACUACUUCUCCGUGUCAACCACUGCCCACAAACGCCAGCGGAGUCGUAAGGCCUCGGUCGGCACAACGAGCUUUCCGCCGACAGCCAUGUCUGCCCCAUCACAGAUUCCGCCGGACCCGAACCGCUUCGCGACCGAAGACUUCUUCCUCAGUGGCCGGCGAACAUGGUCCGAGGAGAAGGACAAGGUGCUCACGGGUCCCUUUGACUACCUCAACGGCCACCCGGGCAAGGAUUUCCGCUCCGCCCUCGUCAAAGCCUUUGACGCCUGGCUGGAGGUGCCACCCGAGUCCCUCGAAGUCAUCACCAAGGUCGUCAGCAUGCUCCACACGGCCUCCCUCCUCGUCGAUGACGUGGAAGACAACAGCCAACUGCGCCGGGGCUUCCCCGUGGCGCACUCUAUCUUCGGCAUCCCGCAGACCAUCAACUCGUCCAACUACAUCUACUUCUGCGCCCUACAGGAGCUCCAGAAGCUCAAGAACCCCAAGGCCGUCUCCAUCUUCGCCGAGGAGCUCCUCAACCUGCACCGCGGGCAAGGGAUGGACCUCUUCUGGCGGGACACAUUGACGUGCCCGACCGAGGACGACUACCUUGAGAUGGUGGGCAACAAGACGGGCGGGCUUUUCCGGCUCGGCAUCAAGCUGAUGCAGGCCGAGUCGCGCAGCCUGGUCGACUGCGUCCCGCUCGUUAACCUGAUCGGCCUCAUCUUCCAAAUCGCCGACGACUACCACAACCUGUUCAGCAAGGAGUACACGGCCAAUAAGGGCAUGUGCGAGGACCUGACCGAGGGCAAGUUUAGCUUUCCCGUGAUACACAGCAUCCGGUCGAACCCGGGAGAUAUCAAGCUGUUGAAUAUCAUGAGGCAAAAGACGGAGAAUGAGGAGGUCAAGAGGUAUGCCGUGGCGUACAUGGAGAGCACCGGCAGCUUCCAGUACACGAGGAAGGUGCUGGACGUGCUGAUUGAGCGGGCGAGGAGGAUGACGGAUGAGGUGGAUGAAGGGCGCGGGAAGGCGCAGGGGGUGCAUGGGAUAUUGGAUAGGAUGGUGAUCAAGGACUGAUUGAACUCGGGUCGUAUUAUGCGGCAUGGUACAGAUCGUUGGGAGGAAAUACCCCUUUUUGUUAUUACAUCAUGGUUGACAUGCGUUUGGUUGUAUGGAUACGGGCUUCAAGGUUGUUGGGCGGACAGGACGGACGGGCUAUGGCGGCAUUCAGCUGUGAGUGUGGCCUGCAUUUGGUCUACUAAGGACCGAUAAAUUCCAGCUACGUCUGGCAACAGACUGUUCUCGCACGAUCUGCUCCCCAGUGAACUCGCCGUCAAUUGUACUUCGUUCUUAACUCACCGAGGGAACGGUCGCCAUUAUGGGAAUCUGCAUGCGCCAACAUCUGGAACCGCAUGAAUAAGGCCAUCUUCGCCGUCUUCGACUCAGCCUUUCAAUAGCUACUUCAAGUACCUAGGUACCUUAACUCAGAAGGCUUACAUU